AUGGCGCCAGAAACGACAAGUGCAUCAAAGAUCUUAUGGACCGCAUUCUCAGCCAAUGACGAUCGACACCAGGUUAUCCGCGAUGUCUUCGAACAGCCCGAUUCUCCCACCUGCUCCCAAUUUAUGUUCCUUUGCCAGGCCAAUCUGCACGAGACCGGUACGACUUUUGUUGGUGGAAAACUUCUACCGGGCCACUUCAUCAGCUUUGGAGUUAUCCAGGGGAUACCCUUUUCUCGUGGCAGCGUCCAUACCUCGGCUGCUAACGUGGAGGAUAAGCAGACUGUUGAUCCCCACUACUUUUCACACCCCUUGGAUCUGGAAAUCAUGGCACGCAAUCCGGUAGAUAUGGAGAAACUUCACAAGGCGGAGCCUCUGUCACAGUUUCUAAAGCCAGACGGGCGCCGGAACCAUCCCGACGCGUUCCUCACCAAUCUUGAAUCUGCAAAGAAAUAUUUACGUGAUAACGCGACGAGCACGUAUCAUCCUUGCGGCACCGCGGCUAUGCUCCCACAGGAAAAAGGGGGCGUGGUUGAUGAAAAGCUGAGGGUACAUGGCACGACAAAUUUGCGGAUCUGUGACGCUAGUAUCCUGCCAUUGAUCACCGUGGGCAACAUCAUGAGUGCGGUGUAUGCCGUGGCUAAACGAGCCGCAGAUAUCAUCAAGGCUGAUGGCUAA